AUGGAGAAUCAAAAUCAAGAAUUUUUCCCAUUCAGUAGAGAGCCUGAGGUGCAGAGGGAAUUCAGGCACUAUCUCGAGAAAAACACGAACAAGAAGCACAUAUCCGCAGAGAGGAAGCACAGUCUUAUACGAUGGCUUUCUGACACCGAUGCCAAGCCCCAGUCUCAGAGUGACUACUCCCUACGAAACUACGCGUUCAAGACUUAUAAAUGGGACGAUGACACGAAUAUCCUUUGGGGGAUCGGGAAGAGCGAGAAGCCCGAAAAGCCUGCCAAGAAUGGAAAGGGCAAGAAGAGUUGGGUGAGUGGCAAGAGAAAAGCCAACAGGAGUGCAAAGUGCCAGGAUAGGGUGGUUGUCACUGAAGAUGAGAUCUUGAAUGUGGUGGAACAAAUCCACAUGUCCAAUGAUCAUGGAGGGUGGGAUGCCACCUGGGACGAGGUCAGCAGCAAAUAUUGUGGGAUCGUGAGAUCAGAUGUCAUCUUCCUCCUGAAGAGGUGUUACAUCUGCACCAUAAAGCCUCGCAAACAAUCCAGGAGGAAUGCGACCCCUGAUGAGUCCCCUGCUUCAAGCCCAUCUCGCGCAGGGCCGUCCUCUGAACAGCAAACUUCUCAGGGAUCACUACAAUUCUAUGGGCAGCAAGCCCCCGAGCAGCAAGAUUUCGAUCAAAUCCUCGACCAGCACUCCCAGGAAACAAUCGACUAUAAUUUCGGGAAUGAUUUUGGGGCCGGCAGCUUCCAAACCAAUAGCUUCCAAACAGAUAGCUUCCCAUAUGAGGCUUCGGGCAGCGACACUUACCCCUACAAUCUCGAUUUCAUGUCAGACUCUGUGUAA